AUGUCCCACCACCAUUGCUGCCACCACGGCCAUGACCACCACCACGACCAGCAUAAGGACUAUGCCGCGGCCAACAAGGAGCAUUUCACAGCGCAGCUCUCCGAUUUUGACAACCCCAAAUACACCGAACUCGCCAGACGCGCUGCUGCAGCUAUGCGGAAGCAGUACGCUUUCGACGAGGAGUCGACGGUGCUCAUGGACUUUGCAUGUGGCGCAGGACACAUUUCGAGGCAGUUAGCGCCUCAUACGAAAUCAAUAGUUGGUGUGGACAUCACCCAAGCCGCUGUCGACCUGUACAACCAACGUGUAUCAAACCAGGGCAUUCCACCAGAAGAAAUGCGUGCGGUUUGUGUCGAGCUCAAGGGAGAGGAUGGAGAACUCGACGGUCUGAAGUUUGAUGUCAUCAUCUGUUCCAUGUCAUACCAUCAUUUCGAGUCAGUGGAAGACAUAACGAGGACCCUCUCGUUCUUCCUGAAACCCGGUGCCGCUUUGCUUGUUUUGGAUAUCCUAAACACGCUAGAAGGUAACCCAGACCCGUCGGGCGCUGGAAAAACCCUGUUCGAUGAGAAGUUCCAUCACAUUGUGGCGCACACCUCCGGAUUCAAGGAGGACCAAAUUCGAUCGAUGUACGAAGGCGCUGGGUUGACUUGCGCGAUGUUCGACACGAUGAAGGCCAGAUAUCACGGCCAGGAUCGAGCGUUCUUUUUGGCGAAAGGGAUUAAGGCUGUCUCAUGA